AAACGGAUAAUGCUGUGAGGCAUUCUAAACAGCGCUCUUUGGCGCUGCGGAACCGGAAUAAUGCGUCUGCACCCCAGCGUUUUCUUGCCUUCGCCUACACCUACUUCGUCGCAGUGAUGAACCGCGUGGUUGUUUUUUCUAUGUCAUAUAAAGUAGGAAAUGAUAUAUUACCUCUAAUUCGCGCCGAUUGGACAAGCUUAAUUCGCUACCUUGGUCACCUAACAAGUGCAGACGCAAGACGCAAUUGAUGACAAACUAACCUCGGACGCUGGUUCGUAGACAAUUAGAGGUAAACUUGAUAUUAGAUUGCUAUCUCAUUCAUUUACUUUAAAGUGACCAGCCCCAGCCGUCCGUGCGUGUCUUGCUGGCGUCGAGAUAAUUGAUUUCCAACAUUAGGUGUCUUCAAACAGGCUGCGCUAUCGUGCGCACCGAGGGAGAACCACGGGAGCUCCUAGCGAUAUUCGCCCUGUUUUUCUCGGAUGAGAGCCCCUUUUCUACGCUUCUGCUUUAGGGUGACCGCAGUUCACCGCUGUACGCGUACACGCACAACUGCUCUGAAAAGUAGAGGAAAGUUGACGUCUGGACUUUAAAUCAUAUAUGAAGAUCGGGACACGGGUGCCACCGUCUACAAACCGCAGAAAUGCCCAUGCAUCCUGUGACCUCCACGUUGAUGUACCGGGGAAUCUGUACCAUCCCAGACAUCCUCUCGUACCGGACACCGGUCAACCUACCUGAAGACGAAGUGGAGGAGAUCCGUGAGGCGUUUAAGGUGUUCGACAGGGAUGGGAACGGCUUCAUCUCAAAGCAGGAGCUGGGGAUGGCCAUGCGCUCCUUGGGCUACAUGCCUAACGAGGUGGAGCUGGAGGUCAUUAUCCAGAGACUCGACAUGGAUGGAGAUGGGCAGGUGGAUUUUGAGGAAUUUGUAACACUCCUAGGGCCUAAGCUCUCCGCCGCUGGGAUGCCUGACAAGUUCAAUGGAACAGAUUUUGACUCUGUGUUCUGGAAGUGUGACAUGCAAAAGCUCACCGUGGAGGAACUGAAGCGCCUCCUGUAUGACACCUUCUGUGACCACCUGUCCAUGAAAGACAUCGAGAACAUCAUCAUGACAGAGGAAAACCACAUAGAAAACCCAGAGGACUGUCAAGUGGACAUUGACUCAUCAAGUCCAACCCAGCAGGUGAAGCAGACCUGCGUGAGGAAGAGUCUGAUAUGCGCCUUUGCCAUCGCCUUCAUCAUCAGUGUUAUGCUUAUUGCAGCCAAUCAGGUGCUCCGCAGUGGCAUGAAAUAACACUAUAGACCAGUCACAUACCAGAGAUAUUUCAGCACAGCACCGACUGAUGACUCAAAGCAACAGAGGCAAACAAACAAACAAUGAAACUAAUAAACAAACAACAAUAACUAAAAAGAAAAAAAAAAAAAACAGGCACAAACACUUACAAUAAUUGACAAAUGAGAGUUCUGAAAAAUGACAUCAGUUGAUGGGGCUGUGACCCCACAGCUCAGCCUAGGCGUGAAAGAAAGAAACUAAAAAAAUGAGUAACAUUUAAAAACAAGAAAAGAAGAAAGUAGAAACAAACCAAGAGGCCUCAUUAGAUUCCCAUGGUGAUCAGGGCAUGUCACAUCCGAAACUCCACUCGUUUGCUCGCUCCAUGGGCUGUCAUAUCCGCCACGGACCCUGGCACCGCAUGGGACCCUCUGGCCCCCGGGGCUGACCCUCUCAGUGCAUGACGUGAUGCAUGGAUUUAAUGUAGUCUUCUAACAUACAUAGAGUUCAGCUGUGCAUCCACAUCCAUCUGAGCAGCAGGUCUGAGAGCGCUGCGUGACCCUGACGACGUGCGUGGGGUCGGCAGGAGGAGCAGAGGAUGACAUUUUGAAGCUGAAAAUGUGUCCUGUGUACAGCGUGUCCACCCAUCUGCAUGACCUGAAGGGCUGUUUAGGGUAUGCUCUUGUUGUAUAUUGUGUGUCUUGUGUUGUUUCUCAAAUACUGUUGAGUUCUGACCUGUUGCACUGAGCAGAUCAUAGUAAUACUCCACACUGCCAAAGGGGGGGGUGUACCAUCCCUGAAGCAAUGUUCAAAUGAAAAUGCUGAGUGGAAUAAAUGAGAGGAUUUUGGGUCAUUUCCUGUUCCAUUUUUUUUCGUCAGAACUGGGAACCGUGUGUCGACUCUUCAAGCCGUCGAUUUUAAGAGUGCUGUCAGUUGUUCUUGUGUGGCACGGUGUGUUUUUGUUAGCUAUUGAUCCUGGCUGAGUUCUCCUAGCAAACUCGGCCAAGGCCACAUCUGUAAUCCAUUGUGGGCAUGUGCGAUCUAGUUCAGAAAGUGAGUAUUUCUGCACAUGAUAAAUGCAACGGAAGGGUGAAGGUGA